UCAGAAGCCCAACGCAUCGUGGACACAAUCGACAUCCACCAGAAGGCCCUGGACGACCUGGUGAACGUGAACUCGCUCUUCACCAUCGCCAUCUUCGUGGGCCUGUCCCUGGCCCACAGCGAGGAGCGCAGCCUGGAGGACCAAGCCGAGUGCGAUGCCGACCCGUACAGACCAAAACGGCUCGUUGUAUCGGAGGUGGUGUCCUUCGCCUACUUCCUGCUGUCCAACCUCGUCGCCAAGACCAGAGAGACAAUCAGCAUUAUGCAAAAUAGUAAACCAGAGAGACAAGUUUGA